AUGAAUUCUACUAAGAUAAAAAAACUAGAAAAAUGGAGAGAAGAAUAUCUAUAGAUAAGAAGAUAGAUAUUUUGCUUUGAUGAAGAUGAAGAUGUUUUUAGCUUAUUCAAGCUUAAUUCGAAGGACUUAAAGUACAAAGGAAUAAUUAGGAGGUUGUAGAUAGAAUUUAAUGAAGAUAAUUUUAAUAGGGACUUAGAAAAAAAUGAAAUGCUGACUUAGAUAUAAGUGAUUAAAAGAGAAUAGGGUAGAAUAUUAAGAAAAAUGGAUGAAAAUUGGUAAAACCCAAAGAUGAUGAAUUACUUAAGGGGAGAAUCAGCCAAAUUAAUUGAAAAGUAGAAUGAUUUCAAAAACUUUCAUGGAUAAAAUUUUAAUUUCAUUGAAGAAGAAAAAGAAGCAUUAAUUAAUGAAUUAAACUAGUUUAAUAUAGAUGCUUAUGGUGAUAUAAAUUACUAGCAACCUCAAAGCAGAUAAAGUCAAAAUUAAUCUGCCUCUCCAUAAUAAAUUGAUGAUAGAAAGAAACUAGAAAGCGAUUAUAUUAAGAAAAGCAAAAAUAAAAGCAAGAGAAAAAGAAAAGAAUUCAAAUCAUAGGAAGGAUUAAGUGACAUGAUGUUAGGUUAGGAUACAUCCAAAAAAUCAAGUUCAGAUAAUGAAGAAGACGAUACUUUAUUAUAAAAGAGUAUGUCACCUAAUUAAAGGAAAAAAAAACAUAGAUAAUUAAGUAUUGAACAAGAUCAAAAUUUUGAUGAUCAAGAAGAAGAUGAAGAUUUAGAUAAAAAUAAUGAUGAUAGACCUACUUAAGCAGAUAUUUUUGUUACAUAGGAUAAAUUAAAAAAAGAAAAUCCUAAUUAAUACCUUAGUAAGGUCUCUGAAUUACCAGAAGAAGAGAGUAAGUAAAUGACUUAAAAGCUAAAUUCUAAUAUUUUGGCUUCAAAUCACUCGAAAGGGAAAUCAAAUUUUGUUUCCCCAAGAAGCGAAAAAAAUAAUAAAGCAGCAAUUGAUAGCAUAUUAAAUCAUGCUAAUAGUGAAUUUGUAGAUGCUGAAGAAGUACAAUAACUUUAAGAUUCACAAGAUGAAAUGGAACAUAAAUAUUAAAAUCAAUAAAAGAAUAAUUAUUUCUACUCUCCUCAGAAAAACAAAAAUAAAUAGCUAACUCAUCAGCAAUAUCUAAAUUAAUACAACACACCUAAACCUACAAGGAAGCACAGUAAUUCUCCAAAUAAAAUAAGCGAAGAGAGCUCAAUAGAAAACUAUAGAUAAAAUCACUAGAGAAUAAACUUGAAUUCUUAACAAUAGAAUAAUCAAGCAAGUAGAAGCUAUAGUCCUCAAGGGUAGAAUAGCAAAUAAAAUAUCUCUCUACUUGAUAAAUCUCUUAAUAACAUAAGUAACAUAGAAGAAGAUCAAAAAGAUAUGCAGUAAAUUAAAGAUUUUGUUAAGAGAAUAGAUGGUUUGAUAGAAGAUUUGGGAGGUUCUAAUUGCGGCUGGAGUGAAUAGGACCAUAGGAGCUUCCUAUACCUUAUGAAAAAGUAUGGUAAUAAUGGUUUAAGAACAAAAGAGGCUCUCUGUGAUGCUAAUAUUUCUGUUUUACAAUUCUAUACUGAUAAAUAAUUGCUUGAUCACAUAAAUUCAUACAAUUAGUACAAGCUUCUUAUGGAAUAAAAGUAAAAAUAUAUUGAAGAAUAUAAAGAAAUCACUUAGAGGAUUGAAAAACGCAAGCAAAUGGAAUUAUAAAUACUCAAGAAUGCAAGAAAAGAAAGAGAAUUUAGUUAAUUGAAAUAACGAAUCCACUCUACUGUUUAGAGAACUGAAUUUUAUGUAAAACAAUUUGAAGAAAUAAAAAAGAAAUAUAAAGAUGUAGAAGCCAAAUCCUCUCAUGAAUACUAAAUAAGAUAGAAAUAAAGAGAAAAAGAGGUAUAUGAUAUGGUUCAAAGAAGAUAAAAAUAAAAAGAAAUGCUCUAAGCGAUUAGCUCUAAAAAAAGCUAGUAAGAAAUUAAAAAAGUGAAUAUGCUCAAAGAAUAAAGCUAAAAAGAAAAAAUAUAAAGCCUAAUACCACAAAACCAGAGCCUCAUUUCAUCUCCAUAAAAUUAAAUACAUCAAGAAAAAAUAGCAAACAUAUAAAAAGAUUUAAUGAUGAAAAUGCAAUAGCUUGAAGAACUUAGAAUGCAGAGCAAAUCAAAAAAAAUAAAUCAAUAUAUUUAUUUUACUCCUCAAAUUAAUAAGAAGUAUUUUUCUCCAAACAGAGUUAAAAUAGAUUAAAUAUAUUGA